AUGGAGAAGCCAAAAAUGCCUCGAUUUAGUGGCGACGUCAGAGAGUACAGUAUUUUUCGAGAUGAUUUUAAGCAUGCUAUUGAAUCGCGAUACAGUAAAAGGGAUGCAAUGACGUACCUUUGUGCAUGCUUGCAGGGAAAACCCCUAGAGCUUAUCAAAGGAAUUGGUACAGAUUAUGAUGGUGCAUGGCAAUAUUUAGACUCAAUCUAUGGAGACCCCAGAUAUGUGUCGGACCAAGUAACCCAAGAUCUGUCAAAGUUCCGACCCCUGAAAGAAGGAGAAGAUUCACGCUUUUGUGAUCUGGUGCAUUUAGUAAAGCGUAGUUUCAAUACGAUGAAGGGAGUGGGAUAUGGAUAA